GAAUUAUCCUUUAAAUAAGCAAAGGCUAUCAUUUCUACAUUUGGCUUAGAAUAUUAUUAAGAAAAACACAAGUCACCUAAUUAAUAAAAGUAAAAUCUUUUUCUUUUCUGUUAAACAACUUGUUUUCUUGAUUGUUGAUAGAUCGACGACAGGAUUUACAUUUUUAAUUUCUGGGUGUUUCAAGAAAGAGUAAAAGAUGUGCCCUUUGAGAUUUAUUUUGGUGUUUUUCUCAGCGGUUUUGGCCGGUUAUGUUGCUUGGAGGACGGUCAGAUCGUCGUCGGAGAUUGAAAGUACAAUUUCCGAUGACUCAACGCCGGAGAAGAAGCCAUUGCAAGAUAAUAACACUAAUCAAGAAUUCGAUGCGAAGAGGAUGGUUCAAAAUGGAUUCUGGGUAUUUGUUGAUAUGGCUAGUGGAAAAUACUUGUGGAAAAAUCUGAAAGAAAUGAAGAAAGAUGAGAAAGUGAAGAGCAGCUAGGACUUGGUUAUGGUUUUUUUUGUCAUUUUCUUCUACUUUCUUUCUCUUUUUUCUUGCUGUGGAAAAAGGUAGAGAUUGGAAUUUCAGAGCAGGUACUUGUAAUUUUCAGUAUAUAGACAAUCAGUUGAUAAUCCAUUUUGGAUUAUUGAAUUGGAGCUUGGAAAUGUUUGUGCAUAAGUUGAUAAUCACCCUUUUGCAAUUAUAAGGGAUUGAAUUAAAAGUGAAUUUUACUACA